AUGGCGCUCAAAGACCUCCUCAAGAAGAAAGAAAAGAUCAAAGACGAAGGCGCCACAGGCGCGCCCGCCGCCCCGCCCGCCCUCAGCCCCAGCGUCCCCGAAUUCCACUUCUUCCGCACGACCACCAGCACGCACGAAGCCAUCGAGCCCCCCUCGUUCCCCGGCGACCCCACGCGCGCCGACGCACCCCUCCUGAGUCCCAAGGACGCCCGCGGCUUCGCCCGCUUCCGCCGCGCCUCGCACACCAGCGCGACCAGCCCGCAGCCCAGCCCGCGCACCAGCGACGACGCCGCGCGCCCGCGCUCCGGCACCCUCGGCGCCCGCCUCCUCGGCCGCUCGAAAUCCCACACCAGCAUCAACGUGCCCGCCAACCUGCCGGACCUCAGCGACGCCCCCGUCGCGCGCACCCCCGAGGACGAAGCGCGCUGGGAGAAGCGCGCGACCGUGCUCGUGCAGAGCGGGCCGCUCGCGGCGUCCGCGCACUCUGCGCCGCCAACCCCGACGAUCGAGAUCAGCGCCGAUAUGGCCGCGCUGGGCAUGAGUCCCGCGCCCGUGUCGCCGCGCCCGGGGGUCCAGCGCAACCCCUCCACGGGCGCGGUCGCAGACGAGACGGAGAUCCAGGAGGCCAUCCGGCUGCACGAAAAAGGCAACCUCGAGGCCUCGACCGCGCUGUUCGGCCGCCUCGCGGACCCCGCGGGGCCGAACAAUGCGCUCGCGCAGGUCCUCUACGGGUUGGCUUUGCGCCACGCCUGGGGCAUCGACGCAGACCAGACGCAGGCCGUGCACUUCCUCUCGCUCGCCGCGAGCAACAGCGCGCAGGUCGAGCAGAUCGCCUUAUCCGCGGGCUUAAAGGGCGGGAGUGCGAAGGGCGAGCUCGUGCUGGCUAUGUACGAGCUCGCGAAUUGCUUCCGCAAUGGGUGGGGCGUUGCGAAGGAUCCGGCCGCGGCUAGGGCGUACUACGAGACUGCGGCGAAUCUGGGGGAUGCGGAUGCGAUGAAUGAGGUUGCGUGGUGCUAUGUCGAGGGGUUUGGGGCGAAGAAGGAUAAGGUACGUGUACAUGUUGCAAGCAGCCGGGUCUCGAAGCAAGCCGGCAGAGCAUUCAGCGGCGUGGCAUCCACAGCCCGUUCACGCACGCACACAGCCUGUUCACGCACACACGCAUCACGCCCAGGAAUUUUCAAAGCAGCGCAGUUCCUGCGCCUUGCCGAGUCCAAGGGGAAUAAGACGCUCGGGAAUACUUGGUGA